GCUUUGCACUUGGGCAAUAUUAAAACCAAAACAGUUUUCUUUCCAAGAUGAGAACCCAAAAUCUUCAAUCUUUUUACCUCCUCUUUUUACUUGUAUUCUUCUUCUCCUUCAAUUCUGCAACUUCAGAAUCUCAUCUUCAGUUGAGAAGAGGCGAUUCUUUAUCUGUUGAGGGCGAUCAAGAUUUCCUCACCUCCCCAGAUAACUCAUUUACUUGUGGGUUUCUUAACUUGGAAAAUUCUAAUGCCUACUGGUUUGCAAUUUGGUUCACAAAUUCUAAAGAAAAAACCGUCGUCUGGACCGCAAAUCGGGACAGGCCGGUUAACGGCCACGGCUCGAAAGUACACUUCAGGGGAGACGGAACCAUGAUCUUAACAGACGUUGAUGACACCGUUGUAUGGCAGACAAAUACCACCACAACUGAUGUUGCAAUAGCUAAGGUUCUGAAUUCAGGCAACCUCGUAUUGGAGAAUCCACAAGGUGAUAAUCUUUGGCAAAGUUUUGAUUUUCCUACAGAUACCCUUUUACCUUUACAAACACUUACUAAGAAUAAAAGAUUGACUUCUGCAUUGAGAAAAGGGAGUUAUGGAUCAGGUUACUUUAAUUUGAAUUUUGGAAGUGAUAAUGUUUUGAGAUUGAUAUCGGAUACACCCGAUACAUCAAGCAAUUAUUGGCCUAAUCCUGAUUUUUAUGUGUAUAGAAAUGGAAGAACAAAUUAUAAUAGUAGUAGAGUGGCAUUUUUGGAUGAUAUGGGCAGGUUUCUGUCAAGCGAUCAAUUGCAAAUCAAUGCUUCUGAUAUGGGAUAUGGGAUUAAAAGACGGAUGACAAUAGAUUAUGAUGGGAAUCUUAGGAUUUAUAGCUUGAUCAACUCGACGGGUUUGUGGGAAAUAACGUGGCAAGCUCUUGGACAACCUUGUAGCGUACGAGGUGUGUGUGGAAGAAACGCGGUAUGUGUUUAUGCGCCGGAUCCUCGGUGUGCUUGUCCUCCUGGGUUCGAGGUGAAUGAUCCGAGUGACUGGAAUGCUGGUUGCAAGGCAACGUUCAACGAGACUCUUUUACGUUCUCGACAAGUGAAAUUCGUGGAGAUACCUCAUGUAGAUUUCUAUGGUUUUGAUCUCAAUACGACUUCUCCAUUGACAUUGGAAGCUUGCAGGGAGAUGUGUGCGAGUGAUUUUCGUUGCCUUGCGUUUAGCUACCGGAUUUUGGGACAAGGAGUCUGCUUUGUAAAAAGUGCACUCCUUAAUGGCUAUGAAACUCCAGAUUUCCCUGCAAGAAUAUACAUUAAAGUUCCAAACAGUUUGCAACCACCGAAUCCUUCAAUUCUGUAUGAAUCCAGAAGAAUGUGUGGAUCUGCAGAAGCAGAACAAAUCAUAGGAUCUCCUUCUAUGUAUGACUUCGUCCCGAAAAGAGUGAAAUGGAUUUAUAUCUAUUCAUUUUGUGCAGCAUUGGGAGCAAUUGAAAUAACGAUCAUUAUAUUAGGCUGGUGGUUUUUGUUCAGAAAACAUGGUAUCCCGGCUUCAGUCGAGGCUGGAUAUCGCAUGAUUUCUAGCAAUUUCAAGAGGUAUACUUAUGCUGAACUGAAGAAAGCAACCAACAAUUUCAAGAAUGAGCUAGGAAGAGGAGGUUCGGGUACGGUUUAUAUGGGGGUACUGUCAGAUGGUAGGGAAGUAGCAGUUAAGAAACUGGGGGACGUUUUUCAAGCCCAAGAUGAGUAUUCAGCAGAAAUCAGCACCAUAGGAAAGAUCAAUCACAUGAAUCUAGUGAGAAUUUGGGGGUUUUGCUCAGAACGAAAGCAUCGACUCUUGGUCUAUGAGUACAUCGAUAACUUGUCACUCGACAAGCAUCUUUUUGACUCUAAUUUCCUCACAUGGAAGCAAAGGUUUGCGGUGGCAAUAGGGACAGCCAAAGGCUUAGCCUACCUCCACCACGAGUGUCUCGAAUGGGUAAUCCAUUGUGAUGUGAAACCCGAAAAUAUACUUCUAGACGGAGAAUUUCAACCCAAGAUUGCAGAUUUCGGGUUAGCAAAACUGUCUCAGAGAGGCGGCCCUGGUUCCGAAUUCACCAGAAUUCGAGGGACUAAAGGCUACAUGGCUCCAGAAUGGGCUCUAAACCAUCCGAUUACAGCUAAAGUCGACGUGUAUGGAUAUGGUGUCGUAAUCUUGGAGAUGGUAAGGGGAAUUAGACUUUCGAAUUGGGAGGUCGCUGACGAAUAUGAGAACGAAGCAGCACUCAAGAGUUUCGUUAGGACAGUGAAGAAAAAAAUUGAGCGUGGAAGCUCCGUUUGGGUGGAGAGCUUUGUUGAUCCAAGAUUGAAAGGGAAGUUUUACAGAAAACAGGCAGAAACAUUGGUUCAAAUAGGCCUUUCAUGUGUACAAGAAGAUAGAAACAAGCGCCCAACAAUGGCUUCUGUGGUACAAACUCUACUGGAAUGUGAAGAUGAUACAGAAGUCCAGAUCUCAGACAAUUUAGAAAAACAUACAAUUUACAGUUACAUUCACAUUUACUUUAAUUUAACCAAAUAUAUAUAUAAAACAUCAAUUAUCAUUGAGACAAAUGCCUCAAAUAUUGGGUAUGGUGGUGUGUUAAAGCAAAUCCCACUAGAAUCAUCUCAAGAACAGUUAGUUAGAAUCAAAAUAAUGAAUACUUCACUUAAAAGAUUACCAGAAGAUUCAAAGUCAAAUGGUGGUCUAAAUUCAAAGAAACAAAUUGAAAACAUUGUUCAAACUUGGACGUCUGCUGUUAAGCGUUGGUCAGCCCGUAUUGCCGGUGUAGGCGUUGAAGGGUGGUCCCAUUGUAGGCUUGUUACUAAUUGGUUAAAGAGAUCAAGGUCUAGAAAUAAACGUAAAAAUCAAUCAAAUGAGAAUGGAGCAAAUGUUUUUCAAACAGAAGAAGAAAUUGAUCAUGCAUCUGUAUCAAAUGAUUUCAAUUCUCAUGAACUUCAAUUCAAUCGUAUCGAAUCAGAUUCUGAAUCUGAGAAUAUUACUUCUCAAAAGGAUUCUUCUAAAGAAUCUAGAGAAAGUAGUAGUAAAGAUAAGAAAUUAUCAAAACCAUCAUUCUCUUCCUCUUCGAUUUUCAAAACUGUUAAGCGCGAUGAGCGCGAUGAAAAUAAUAAUAUUAUUCAUGAUUCAAAUGGAAAUGAAAUUAGUGACAGUUUUACCAUUCUUGGUUUAACUAUUAUCAAACAUUUUAUUGAUACUAAAAACCAACUUCUCAUUCUCAUUGAAUCAAGUUCUGAUAAUGAGCCUAACUCGUUCUCCUCAUCCUCUGAUAUUUCUUCAAACUCAGAUAAAAAAAUUUGUGGCUGUAAAACUAUAAAUGUUUUAUCUAGAGAAGAAGAAGUAAUUCAAGAUAUCAUUGAUAGAAUUGAUAAUCCUAAUCUCAAGAAAAAUUUUUCUUUCCUUUUACCUUCAACUUCAAAACAAGAUUUCGAUGAUAUCAAUAUCAAUCAAAUUCUCAAACGAGCUCAAAAAGAAUUUUCGAAAGGUUCUAAACCUUCUAUUCCUGAUCUUCAACAAGAGAUCAAGGGAAAAUCGAAAGUUUCUUCGAAGCAUUCUUCCAAACGAUCUUCAAAACAUUCUAAAUCUUCAUCUGACUGUUCAUUAUAUUCUAAUCUCAAAAUUCUUAAAUCUAAAGAAGAAAAGAAAGGAUAUUUGAAGGGAAUGAAGCUUCUUGAGCUUCUUUUUCAGAAUGAUCUUUUGAGAGAUCAUUAA